GGCAGAUCCCCUCUCGCCCCCGGCCAAUGGCCGGGAAAGCCCGAGCCGCCCGCACCGCUGCGGGCAGUCGCAGCGCUUAAGUUGCGGCGGGAGGCUCGGGGGCUCAGACCGCGCUGGGCGGCCGCCAGCUCGCACCUGGCACCUGCGCCUGCUGCUACCUGGCACCUGCUACCUGCCCAGCCGGGAUCGCGGUCGGGAUCCGUCUAACGCCGCGUUCCCUCACGGGGGUGUGUUGGGGGGAGCCCUUUUUCCGACUGUCAAAAUGGUUAUCAAAGUGUUUGUUGCCACAUCUUCUGGGUCCAUAGCGAUUAGGAAGAAGCAGCAGGAAGUAGUAGGCUUUUUGGAAGCUAAUAAGAUCGACUUUAAGGAAUUGGACAUUGCUGGAGAUGAAGACAAUAGGAAGUGGAUGAGGGACAAUGUUCCUGGAGAGAAAAAACCUCAAAAUGGAAUCCCUUUGCCCCCCCAGAUCUUCAACGAAGAGCAGUAUUGUGGGGAUUUUGACUCUUUCUUCUCUGCAAAAGAAGAGAAUAUUAUUUAUUCAUUUCUGGGUUUGGCUCCCCCUCCAGGCUCAAAGGUGGAAAAAUCAUCUGAGGAAACAUCUUCUCUUCCCAAUGGUGAUGUAGCGGGAGAGGAACAGAGCAGUGUAGAGGGAACAGAGAAGACUGAAGAGAGUGGAGAAAAUGAGGCACAAAAAGAGGACAAUGGGGACGCGGGCGACCUUGCUGAGUCUCAAGAGAAGAAUACGGGAGAAGUAACGGGAGACGGAGCAGAAGGGGAAGCAGAGGAAGAGGAAGCUGAGGAAGCUGAGAAAGGAGAAGAGGCCGGAGAGGAAGAAGAAGAUUCUUAGGCCUCUUCAUGCUUUACUUCUUCAGCUUUUCCAGAAAACCUAAGCUACGAAGCAGUAUUUCAACUGUCUGCCCACAAA